AUGGCUGAACCAAAAGAUAUUGAGCCUGUGCAGACACCCAGUCCUCCUGUACGUGAAGUUGUCUCUGCUCCCGACGGAAAUGAGCCAACGAAGGAGGAUCUUGCGACCCUGAGAAAGGUGGCUGGUAAAUUGCCAUGGUCAGCCUUCCUUGUCGCUGUUGUCGAGCUAUGCGAGCGGUUCGCAUACUAUGGUCUGAAUGGACCGUUCCAGAAUUAUAUGCAGCAUAAGUACAAAGAUCCCAGUGGAGUUCCGGGAGCUAUUGGUCUUGGGCAGUCUGCGGCCACAGGACUGAGCAGCUUUUUUCAGUUUUGGUGCUACAUUACUCCAAUCAUCGGUGCUAUCAUUGCAGAUCAAUAUAUGGGAAAGUACAACACCAUCGUCAUCUUCGCCUUGAUCUAUAUCUCGGGACUCAUUGUUCUGUUCUGCACCGCCCUUCCCAUUGCCAUUGAGCACGGAGCUUCCCUCGCUGGUUUGGUGGUAGCUAUGAUUAUCAUUGGUCUUGGGACAGGCGGAAUCAAGGCCAACAUAUCUCCUUUAAUUGCAGAGCAAGUAACUGCGACAAAACCCGAAGUAAAGACCCUGAAAACCGGAGAGAGGGUUAUUGUUGAUCCUUCACGCACCGUAGAGCGUGUCUAUAUGAUUUUCUACAUGUGCAUUAACACUGGCUCGCUGGCUGCGAUCGCAACUACCGAACUAGAACUCCAUAUCGGAUUCUGGGCAGCCUACUUGCUCCCUCUUUGUAUGUUUAUCGUUGGAUUCGUUGUGCUUAUUGUGGGACGAAAGGUUUACGUCGUCCGGCCACCAAAGGGCUCCAUCUAUCCCCGUGCCUUCAAGAUCAUGUAUAUCGGCAUGAAAAAUGGGGGGAACCUAGAUGCUGCUAAAAGCUCCUCCCAACGACACAUCGGUGGACGCGUAUUCCCUUGGAAUGAUCAGUUUGUGGACGAAAUGAAACGAGCCUUGGUAGCUUGCCGAGUUUUCAUUUAUUUCCCUAUCUACUGGGUUUGCUACCAGCAAAUGGUGAAUAACUUUGUGUCCCAAGCCUCGACCAUGCAGCUUCAUGGGAUCCCCAACGAUAUUAUGCAGAACAUCAACCCUCUGGCAAUUAUCAUAUUCAUUCCAAUCUGUGAUAGAAUUGUCUAUCCCCUCCUGCGUAAGAGAGGCAUCAAGUUCAAACCCAUUACGCGCAUAACCACGGGCUUCUUAUUUGCCUCCAUUGCAAUGGCGUAUGCCGCCAUUGUGCAGCAUCUCAUCUAUAGCAGUCCACCAUGCUACAACACCCCUAUGAAAUGCGAUGCGAGCAAAAACGGGAAACUGCCCAAUCAAAUCCAUGUUGCUGUCCAAUCUCCCGCAUAUCUUAUGAUCGGUCUCUCUGAGAUAUUCGCUAGCAUUACUGGCUUAGAAUAUGCAUACACUAAGGCACCGCCCUCUAUGAAAUCAUUCGUCAUGGCGAUGUUCUUACUCACCUCCGCAGUCGGUGCUGCCCUUGGUAUGGCCAUCUCCCCUGUCGCCAAAGACCCUAAACUUGUGUGGAUGUAUACAGGCUUGUCUGUCGCAUCAGCGGUGGCCGGCAUUAUCUUCUGGUUCCUGUUCAGCCGCUACAACGCUAAGGAAGAAGCUAUGAAUGCACUGGCAGAAAAGGAAUUACGCGAAGACAGGCCAGUUGCUGCGAACGAGAACUCCAUUAUCUGA